AUGCACAACAUGAGUGGCUACAACACCGGCGCCUUCACCCUGUCAGGCAUCCCUGGACUUGAGCAGUUCCACGUCUGGAUCAGUAUCCCGUUCUGCUUUAUCUAUCUGGUGGCCGUUGUGGGCAACGGCACCCUUCUCUACCUCAUUGCGGUGGAGCACAGUCUCCAUUCCCCCAUGUUCUUCUUCCUUUCCAUGUUGGCCGUGACUGACCUGAUACUGUCCACAACCUGUGUCCCCAAGACCCUCAGCAUCUUCUGGUUUGGUCCUCAGGAGAUCAGUUUUCCUGGCUGUCUGACGCAGUUAUUCUUUCUGCACUACAGCUUCGUCCUGGACUCGGCGAUCCUGCUGGCCAUGGCGUUUGACCGCUAUGUGGCUAUCUGCUCCCCCUUGAGAUACGCCACUGUUCUGACACCCAAAGCCAUUGUCAAAGUUGCUGUGGGAAUCUCUUUCCGAAGCUUCUGUGUUUUCGUCCCAUGUGUUUUUCUUGUGAACCGCCUGCCCUUCUGCAGGACACGCAUCAUCACCCACACCUACUGUGAACACAUUGGUGUGGCCCGGCUGGCCUGCGCGGAUAUCUCCAUCAACAUCUGGUAUGGAUUUUGUGUCCCCAUCAUGACAGUGAUUACAGAUGUGGUCCUCAUAGCCAUCUCCUACACUCUCAUCCUACGUGCCGUGUUCCGCCUUCCCUCCCGAGACGCACGCCAGAAGGCCCUGAGCACCUGCGGUUCUCAUGUCUGUGUCAUCCUCAUGUUCUACAUACCAGCAUUCUUUUCCAUUCUCGCUCACCGCUUUGGGCACAACGUUCCUCGUACCUUUCACAUAAUGUUCGCCAAUCUGUAUGUAAUUAUCCCACCUGCGCUCAACCCUAUUGUCUAUGGAGUGAAGACCAAACAGAUACGGGACAAAGCCAUUCUUCUGCUCUUUCCCCAACGGUCCCAAUGA